CUUCAGAAAGAGUACCUCUAAGUUUGAACAACUUUCCUUUUUUGAACAUCAUUCAUUAAAAUUCAGAAACUGGAAAACUUGCACGAAAAGCUAAAAACUCGCUGCGCUGCGCGUCACACGGCGCUGCGCUUCAGCCGUCGCUGCAGAACCUGGAUUGCACGGCGGGCACAUCCACGGGAGAACGCGCGCCGCUGCCGGUGACGUAAGCGAGUCGCACUUCAUUCUUCAAGUUGCUGGGAAGCGAGUACGCCGCGCUGCUGGACUCUGGAGCGGUCACUGACUGAGCGCGCCAGGAAAGUCUGCCUUACACGGUCUCGUGAUGCUCCAAACAACACUUGACCGACCGCCCAUCACCUCAGCUUCGAGGAAACAUCUGCCUGACCGGAACGCCUGCUUAUGAAGUAAACAAGUAAACAAGCAAACAUCCGGACGCACUUGUUUGUUCUUCUCGGUAUGGAGAACAUCUCAAACCCCGUCAACAUGAACCCACAGUGCAACUUCAGCAUGGACUUCUAUUACCACGGCUCCGCCAACCGGACCGAUCUGAACUGCACGCCCCCCGAGGACUACUUAUUUUACGCGGACCUGUACGUGGUUCUCCCGGUCAUUUACUCCGUGAUCUGCGCCGUGGGUCUGACCGGCAACACGGCGGUCAUUUAUGUGAUCCUGAAAGCGCCUAAAAUGAAGACGGUCACCAACAUGUUCAUCUUGAACUUGGCCAUCGCGGAUGACCUCUUCACGCUGGUUUUGCCCAUCAACAUCGCCGAGCACCUUCUGCACUACUGGCCGUUUGGCGAAGUGCUCUGCAAGAUCAUCCUGAGCAUUGACCACUAUAACAUCUUCUCCAGCAUAUAUUUUCUGACCGUGAUGAGCGUUGACCGCUACCUGGUGGUGCUGGCCACGGUGCGCUCCAAGCGCAUGCCCUACCGCACGUACAGGGCGGCCAAGAUAGUCAGUCUGUGCGUUUGGGUGCUGGUCAUCCUCAUCGUGGUGCCCUUCACGGUGUUCGCGGGAGUGUACGUCAGCCCGGACGACUCCGAGCGCAAGAGCUGCGUGCUGAGCUUCCCCAGCCCGGAGGGCUCCUGGUUCAAAGCGAGCCGGAUAUAUACGCUCAUCCUGGGCUUUGCCAUCCCCGUGUCCACCAUCUGCAUCCUCUACACCAUGAUGCUCUACAAGCUGCGCAACAUGAGGCUCAACACCAACGCCAAGGCGCUGGACAAAGCUAAAAAGAGAGUGACCGUGAUGGUGUUCAUCGUCCUGGCCGUGUGCCUGUUCUGCUGGACCCCCUUCCACCUCAGCACCAUCGUGGCGCUGACCACGGAUCUGAGAAGCACGCCGCUCGUCAUCGGGAUCUCGUACUUCAUCACCAGCUUGAGCUACGCCAACUCCUGCCUCAACCCGUUCCUCUACGCCUUCCUGGACGACAGCUUCAGGAAAGCGUUCAAGAAGAUGUUAGAAUGUAGGACUGCUUGAACGCAACGGACUCGGCGCUGGUUCACCGUGGAACAACGUGGACAGCAGCUUCUACACGCUGAAACGCGAGAAGAGAGAACCUAACGCGAGCUUUUGUCUCCCUCUUGUGUCAGUAAAGUGCACAUCUCCUCUGGAUGGGAAGGUUUUUCGUUCAUUUAUUACUACUUGAGCUGUUCACUCUUGAAAAUGAAGGUGGCAAAAGAUGCCAUAAAAGGACCACUUUUGGUUCCCUAACGUGGUGGUUCUCAAAACGGACCUCAGGGAACCAAAAGUUGUUCUUUUGUGGCAUCACCCCAAAGAACGCUUUUGGCUCCUUAAGGCGCUGGUUCUCAAACCGGACCUCAGGGAACUAAAAGUCAUUCUUUUAUGGCAUCGCUCCAAAGAACCUUUUUGGUUUCCUAAAGCGGUGGUUCUCAUAACGGACUUCAGGGAACCAAAUUUGUUAUUUUGUGGCAUCACCCCAAAGAACCCUUUUGAUUCCCUAAAGCAGUGGUUCUCAAAACGGACCUCAGGGAACCAAAAGUUGUUCUUUUGUGGCAUCACCCCAAAGAACGCUUUUGGCUCCUUAAGGCGCUGGUUCUCAAACCGGACCUCAGGGAACUAAAAGUCAUUCUUUUAUGGCAUCGCUCCAAAGAACCUUUUUGGUUUCCUAAAGCGGUGGUUCUCAUAACGGACUUCAGGGAACCAAAUUUGUUAUUUUGUGGCAUCACCCCAAAGAACCCUUUUGAUUCCCUAAAGCAGUGGUUCUCAAAACGGACCUCAGGGAACCAAAAGUUGUUCUUUUGUGGCAUCACCCCAAAGAACGCUUUUGGCUCCUUAAGGCGCUGGUUCUCAAACCGGACCUCAGGGAACUAAAAGUCAUUCCUUUAUGGCAUCGCUCCAAAGAACCUUUUUGGUUUCCUAAAGCGGUGGUUCUCAUAACGGACUUCAGGGAACCAAAUUUGUUAUUUUGUGGCAUCACCCCAAAGAACCCUUUUGAUUCCCUAAAGCAGUGGUUCUCAAAACGGACCUCAGGGAACCAAAAGUUGUUCUUUUGUGGCAUCACCCCAAAGAACGCUUUUGGCUCCUUAAGGCGCUGGUUCUCAAACCGGACCUCAGGGAACUAAAAGUCAUUCUUUUAUGGCAUCGCUCCAAAGAACCUUUUUGGUUUCCUAAAGCGGUGGUUCUCAUAACGGACUUCAGGGAACCAAAUUUGUUAUUUUGUGGCAUCACCCCAAAGAACCCUUUUGAUUCCCUAAAGCAGUGGUUCUCAAAACGGACCUCAGGGAACCAAAAGUUGUUCUUUUGUGGCAUCACCCCAAAGAACCCUUUUGUUUCUCUAAGGUGGUGGUUCUCAAACUAGACCUCAGAGAACCAAAAGUCGUUCUUGUAUGGCAUCACUCCAAAGAACCCUUUUGGUUCCCUAAAGCGGUGGUUCUUAAACUGGACCUCAGUCCACAAAAAUAUUCCCUGAGGGCCACUGCUCUAGGCUACCAAAACUCCAAAGAACCCUAAAGAACCUUUAGUGGAUGUGAUGUGCGAAUGCAGAGUAUAAGAACCAAGUGAAGAUCCUUUUCAAAGCUGAAACGAAGCUCCAGUCCCACUUUAUCUGAGUAGUCCACUAUAAUCUCUGCAGAUUAUCUACAGAUGUUUAAACUGUUUACCGACUCUCUGUGGAAAUGUAGUUGAUUCUAAACUGUGGUGGGGUUAGGGUUAGGAUUUGGACCAGGGUUAGGAUUUGGACCAGGGAGAGGGUUGGGUGUAGGUUUUGGGCUGAGGUUAAAGUCGGGAUUAGAGCCGAGUUUAAAGACAAUUACGGUCGAUUUAGUCGAUAUUUAGUUGAAUGUAAAAUGAAAGUAAAUUCAGUGUCUACAAAGCAUCUAAAGUGGACUAUCCAAAUAAAGUGUUACCCCUCCAUAUAACACAUUCAUUGAAUUAGAAGCGAUUCUUUUAUGGCAUCUCGUUGAAAAAACUCUUUUUGGCACCUGAUUUUUCUAAGAGUGAAGCUCCUCAAAUGACUGCAUCGUCAUGAUUAAAUAACAUCAACAUCUGAACACGAGCGCAACCGUCAGCGUCCUUCUGAGAUCUUCACCAGUGUAUAUAUUGUACAGGCCUGCUUUUGUCACAGAACAUGGUCAUUUGCUUCAGAGUGUCUAAUGGAAAAGAAACAAAACAAAACAAAACAAAAAAAACUGAGACCAGUUGAUGUUGCAGCUACAUGGACAAACAAGCCUCUCGCCUUAUGGGAAUGAAUACGAUGUAUAAGAGAACUGUCUUUAUCAAAAUACUUGAAAAUGCUGGAAUGCUGAGUAAGCUUUACUUGCCAGUAAUGGUAACAGAAGGGCAAUGUUGUGCAGAAGAGUCUCCGACUGAGGCGCACGAAUAGAUGGCUUUGAAUCUUUAUGUUGUAAAUAAAAUGGAUUAAAUCA